AUGAACAACAGCAACAUAGCACUACACCCUACGUCUUCUGAUAAUGUCGGCGACGCAAAUGUGUCUCAGGAAUUGAGUGCAAACAAUGCCUCCACUCUCGAAUCGGAAACCACGGAUUUUUUCGUUCAAGAUGCUGAUACGGGUACUUUCCUCACGGAGCACUUGUGCCAAACAUGCCGUGUGCUCAAACUGGGGGAGCUGAUGACGAAUUCGACGGAGAAGAGAAAACACCAGCAGCAGCACGAGCGUAUUCCCGUCGCGCCAAACUCGGACUGCCCUCUGUGUAGAUUCCUAGGAUACAUGGUCCAGAAUCCUGCAUCUGAGACUGAUUUCAUAAAGCUGGAGUGCUAUGAGGAAAUCCCCAGACAGUAUCGCUUCGACCCGUGUAUAUUCAAGUCUACCCUCGAGUCCAGCAAGACUGCCACUCGCUAUCUUUUGCCUUCGAAAAAUGGCGACAUCGACGCCCGGCCGCAACCUCUGCACAAAGCACUACGCCCGGACUCCGUGGACUUUGAAGCUAUUCAGGCAUGGAUGAAACACUGCGAUGAGAAUCACAUCCAACACUGCUCUGCGACAAACAAUGAAGGUCCUGCUCCGCGACCGUUCCCGCCAUCUGGCUUUAGAUUAAUCGAUUGCUUGAACCAUGCUAUCAUUCCAUGGGCACCUAACCAGCCAUAUGUGGCUUUGAGUUAUGUGUGGGGAACAAACCACAACCAAACAGAAGACAGCUCGGCGUCGAACAUCUUUCACAAUCUUCCGAAGACGGUAGAGGACGCCAUGACCGUAGUCUCAAGACUGGGCUACCGCUACCUGUGGGUUGAUAGGUAUUGUAUUGACCAGUCCAAUGCUUCCGAGGUACAACGACAAAUUUCCGCGAUGGAUCUGAUCUACCAAAGCGCUGAGUUGACUAUCAUUGCGGCAGCUGGAGACGGUGCGGACUUCGGACUGCCUGGCGUUAGAGCAGGCUCGCGAGCGCCACAACCGCGACUGAUAAUCAAUGGUAUCAUGUGGGCAUCCGUGCCAAUGCUGCCAGCCAGCGUAGUUCCUAGGUCUACAUGGAACACGCGAGCUUGGACAUUCCAAGAAGGCUAUUUUGCGCGUAAGCGUCUGAUAUUUACGGAUGAGAUGGUCUUCUUCCAGUGCAACCGGGUUUGUCGUCUGGAGACCUCGCAUACACCUACCCAAGUACCCGAGAUUCAGAGUGCACGUACGUUCCGCCGACUACCACUUUUCCUACAUUCUGGGCCAGAACUUUUACUGCCUAUCACACGCCCCGAAACUGGCUGGCGUAUUCUACACCUGAUUCGGGAAUGUUCGAAGCGCAACUUGUCUUUUGGUUCAGAUGCUAUUCGUGCCGUAUUGGGUGUUUUGUCAUCGCGUGCAGCGACGCAGCUCUCCGAGAUACCUGACGGUCUGAGCUCUGGCCAGUUUGUUCACUAUUGGGGAUUACCAGUAACGAUUGCCCCUUACUCUGGGAUUUCCGAGCGUGUUGCUGAGGACUUGAAGUCGUUUGCUUUCCUCAAUCUAAAGACACAACUAUACGCUGCUCUUGCGAUGGGCUGCUCCUGGAAGGGCAAUGAGGGAGCGCGAAGAAAGGAGUUUCCUACUUGGACAUGGGCAGGAUGGAACGCCGCUGUAAUCUGGAUGCCGACAUCUAGUUGGGAAAAACGCAAGUUUAUCGAAACAGACUUGCCUUCGCUGGUGUGCGUGCAGAAGGUUGGCGGCAAAUACGAACAGCUCAAUGAACACUUCAUGCGGUCACUCAUACCAUCACAAGCCGAAUUAUCCACCCUGUACACCUAUCGACUGUCCAUGGACCUCACCCUGAUAGAUGUUAAAUUGUCGUAUGCCGGGAGACAUUCCAUUUUUUCUUCGGAAAUCCCAAUCACAGAGACAGGGCCCAUGCCCGACGACUUCGAUCUAUCAUGGGCAGACAGAUGGAAUGCCGGCUGGCUCAUUUGGGACUUUGAAAUAACAGCAACUGCGGAAAAGGACGGUGCAUUUUUUACGGAGCUCUGUACCGACACAUUCGACUGUGCGAUCAUGUUUGGACACUACGGGCUGCUUCUCAGAACACGGAACGGGAUAUCGGAACGUAUUGGUAUCUUGGGCACGCUCGAUGGUUACUUCGGAUUAAAACAGACGGAGACAGCUUUUGAGACGGACUUUGAGAUCACUGAGAAGCUACCGCACCGCGUCCGCUGUUUGGAAACGUAUUUUCCGACACGGAAAGGGGAGAUAUUGCUGGAGUAA